AGUCGCACUGAGCACGGGGACGUGCUGGGAGCAAAGCGCCGUGCCGCUGCGCCGGGCCGGCAGAAUGCGGCCGCAGGCAAGGACGCGGCGGCGAUGCGCCGCGGUGGCCAUGCCCGGGAGGCAUCCGGCUGCAUCGCCGGGGUGUACGUGGAGGCUUCGAAGAAGAGCAUGGGUUUUUACGAUGCCACCAGGGAGCACCUGGUGAGCCUGGAGCCGGCGCUGCUCCUCCUGGAGGCGCAGGCGGCCACGGGCGGCAUCGUCGACAUGGGGCGCGAGCGCCGCGUCCCCGUGGCCGAAGCCGUGCGGCUGGGGCUGGUGGGCAUGGAGCUGAAGGAGAGGCUGCUGGCUGCCGAGAGGGCGGCCGCCGGCUUCGUGGACCCUUACACCCGGGAGCGGAUCCCCCUGCAGCAGGCGCUGCGGAAGGAGCUGCUGGGGAAGGAGCAGGGAGCGCGGCUGCUGGAGGCCCAGCUGGCGACCGGGGGAAUCGUCGACCCGGCCACGGGCGAGCGGCUCCCGGCGGAGGCCGCCCGCGAGAGGGGGCUCCUGGGCGAGGAGAUGGGGAGCGACGGCGGCGAGGAGAGCAAGGGCUUCCUGGACCCCAACAGCAUGGAGAGGGUCGGCUACGCGGAGCUCAGGGAACGGUGCCGGGCGGAUCCGGGCUCGGGGCUCCUGCUGCUGCCCCUGCGGCUCACGUUCGCGGGGCUGGGAGGGCGAGUGAGCGGCGCGGAGCUGCGGGACGCCGGCGUCAUCGGCCCCGACGUGCUCAGGGCGCUGGAGGAGGGGAAGGUCUCGGCCCGGGAGGUGGCGGAGGACGACGCGGUGCGGCCGUUCCUGCGCGGCACCGGCUGCGUGGCCGGCGUGGUCCUGCCCUCGGGGGAGCGCAGGAGCCUUUACCAGGCGCUGCGGGAGCAUCUCCUGCUGCCCGGCGCCGCGUUGGCGCUGCUGCAAGUGCAGGCCUCCACCGGGAGCCUGACCGACCCCGUGCAGAACAGGAGCUUCUCUGUCGACGAGGCCGUCAGGAGCGGGCUGGUCGGCCCCGAGCUCCACGAGCCGCUGUCUUCGGCGGAGAGAUCCGUCAGCGGGUACAGGGACCCCCGCACCGGGGAGGUGCUGUCCCUCUUCCAAGCCAUGAGCAGGGGAUUCGUCGCCAGGGAGCACGGCCUCCGGCUCCUGGAGGCUCAGGUGGCCACCGGCGGCGUCAUCGCUCCGGGCCGGCACUUCCGCGUCCCCGUAGAGACCGCGUGCCGCUGGGGGUACCUGGAUGAGAGCACCCGGCGGCUCCUCGCCGGGACCGAGGGGUUCUUCCACCCCAGCUCGCAGGAGAAGCUGAGCUACGCGGAGCUGCUGCGACGCUGCGUCACCGACCCCAGCACCGGGCUCUUGCUGCUGCCGCUCGGUGACGGGCCCCAAGGAGCGCGCCUCUUCCUGGACCGCAGCGCCCAGGCGGCUCUGGAGAGCACGGAGGUGCCCGUCGCUUCGGGCAGGUUCGGAGGCAAGUCGGUGUCGGUCUGGAAGCUCCUCUUCUCCGAAUACGUCCAGAGCGAGCGGCGGGCCGCCCUCGUGCAGCGGUACCUGGAGGGAUCGCUCUCCGCGCAGGAGCUGGCCGCGGCCGUCCGUGCCGCCGUCGAGGAAGCGGCUUCCGCCGCCAACGUCACCUUCGAGGGGCUGAGGGGACACGUGAGCGCCGACCAGCUCCUGAGCUCCGAAAUCAUCAGCGAGGACCUGUUCAAGAAGCUGAAGGAGGGGGAAACGUCGGCCGAGGAGGUGGUGGGCAUGGACACGGUCAGGAAGUACCUGGAAGGGACGGGGAGCAUCGCGGGGCUGCUGCUUCCCGACUCCCAGGAGAAGAUCAGCAUCUACCAGGCCAAGAGGAAGGGGCUCCUGAGGCCGGGGACGGCGCUGAUCCUGCUGGAAGCGCAGGCGGCCACCGGCUUCGUCAUCGACCCGGCGGCCAACAAACGUUAUUCCGUGGACGAGGCUUUACGGGCCGGCGUCAUCGGCCCCGACGUCUACGACAAGCUGCUGUCGGCGGAGAAAUCCGUCACCGGGUACCGGGACCCCUGCUCGGGGGAGAAGAUCUCUCUCUUCCAGGCCAUGCAGAAGGAGCUGAUCGUCAGGGAGCACGGCGUGCGCCUGCUGGAGGCCCAGGUGGCCACGGGCGGCAUCAUCGACCCGGUGCACAGCCACCGCCUGCCCGUGGAGGCGGCCUACCAGCGCGGCUACUUCGACAAGAAGAUGAGCGUCGUCCUGUCGGACCCCAGCGACGACACCAAGGGUUUCUUCGACCCCAACACGGAGGAGAACCUCACCUACCUGCAGCUGAAGGAGAAGUGCGUGACGGAGCCGGGCAGCGGGCUCUGCCUGCUGCCCCUCAACAGCAGGAAGCGGUGUUUGGUGGACGCCGCCACGCGGGAGCUGUUCCGUGGCUCCUGGCUGCCCGUCCGCUUCGGGCGUCUGCGCGGGGAUAAGGUCUCAGUCUGGGAGCUGCUGACCUCCGAGUAUUUCAGCGAGGGGCGACGCCGGGAGAUCUUCAACCACUACCGGCUGAGGAAGCUCAGCCUGGAGCAGAUCCGGGCCAUGCUGGAGGAGGAGGUCAAGAAAUGGGCCCCCGUCAAGUUCCCGGCCCUGAGGGGCAGCGUCAGCGCCUACCACCUGAUGGAGACGGGCGUCAUCGACCGGGCCCUGCUGGAGGAGCUGCUGGACGGCUCGGUCACCCCCGAGCAAGUCCUGCGCAUGGACUCGGUCAGGAAAUACCUGUACGGCUCCGGCAGCAUCGGGGGCAUCGUGCUCCAGCCCUCCAACCAGAGGAUGAGCAUCUACGAGGCCAUGAAGCGGAACCUCGUGGUGCCCGGAGUGGCCCUGCCGCUCCUGGAGGCCCAGGCUGCCACGGGUUUCAUCAUCGACCCGGUGAACAACCAGAAGCUGCGCGUGGAUGAAGCCGUCAAGGAAGGCGUCGUCGGGCCGGAGGUGCACGAGAAGCUGCAGCGAGCGGAGGCGGCCGUGUCGGGCUACAAAGACCCCUUCACGGGCAGGAAGAUUCCCCUCUUCCAGGCCAUGAAGAAGGGUCUGAUUGCCGACAAGCAGGCCAUGCAGCUGAUGGAGGCGCAGAUGGCGACCGGGGGCAUCAUCGACCCCGCGUGCGGCCACCACGUCCCCAUCGAAGCCGCCCAGAAGCGCGGCUGCCUGGACGAGGACACGGGCAGGGCCCUUUCUGAGCCCGGCGACGGCAGCGGAGCCUUCUGCGACCCGGGAAGCAAGGAGAGCGUCAGCUACGCCGAGCUCAUCCAGCGCUGCCAGAAGGACGAGGCGGCCGGCUUCCACCUGCUUCCCCUGCAGCAGGCGCCCGCUCCCUCCUACACGGACGAGCAGAUCCGGCGGCUCUUCCAGGAAACCGCGGUGAAGGAAAAAGGAGCCUCCCUCUGGGCGCUCAUCCACUCCGGGUACUUCACCGAGGAGCAGAGGAAGGACUUGGUGGAGAGGUUCCGGGCGAAGGAGACGUCGCUGCAGGAGCUGGUUGCCCUGGUGCUGGCGCUGGUCGGGGAGAUGGAAAUGAAAGCCCGCACCCGCGUCGCGCUGGGCGCUCUGCGCGGCAGCGUCCCCGCCGUGCGGCUGCUGGAGGCCGGCAUCAUCACGCAGAAGAUGUUCGAAGAGCUGGCGCGGGGCGUCCGAACUCCCGAGGAGCUGGCCGAAGUGGACAGCGUCAAGAGGUACCUGCAAGGCACGGGCAGCAUCGCCGGCGUGCUCGUCGAGGCCUCCAAAAAGAAGAUGAGCUUUUACGAUGCCAUGAAGAACAACCUCCUCCCGCCCGGCGUCGCCCUGAAGCUGCUGGAAGCCCAGGCGGCCGCCGGCUACCUCGCCGACCCCGCCACGAGCCGGCGGCUCAGCGUCAGCGACGCCGUGCGAGCCGGCCUCGUUGGAGAAGAGCUCGCCGAGACGCUGCUCCGCGCCGAGCGGGCGGCGCUGGGCUACGCGGACCCCUACACCGGGAGCCCCAUCUCCCUGUGCCAGGCGGUGAGGAAGGAGCUCGUUCCCCUGGGCGACGCGGUGCCGUUGCUGGAGGCGCAGCUGGCCGCCGGGGGGAUCAUCGAUCCCGUCCACCGCCACCACCUCCCGCUCCAGGCUGCCUGCAGGUACGGCUUCUUCGACGAGGACUUGAGCCGAAGCCUCGCGCAGCUGAACGACGGCACCAAGGUCUUCUUCGAUCCCAACGCGAGGGAAAACGUCACCUACCAGCAGCUGAAGGAGCGGUGCGUUUACGACGAGGACGCGGGGCUCUGGCUCCUUCCCCUGUCCGAAAACGCCGUGUUCUGCGCCGACGAGCGAACCGCGGAGGCGCUGAGGUCCGUGACCGUCUGCGUCAACGUGGGGCGGUUCAAAGGACAGACGGUGUCCGUCUGGGACCUGCUCAACUCCGAGUACCUCUCGGACAGCAGAAGGAGGGAGCUGGUGCGGAAGUUCAAAGAGGAGAAUGCCGAAGCGCUGCGAGAAAUCGUAACGGCCGUCACCGCCAUCGUCGAAGAGACCGAGGCGCAGGGCAAGAAGUUUGCGUUCAAAGGGCUGCGGAAAAAGGUGUCCGCCAGCGACCUGUUCCGCUCGCAGCUGAUAGACAAGAAAACCCUCGAUGAGCUCCACCAGGGGAAGAAAACGGUCCAAGACGUGACCCAAAUGGACUCGGUGCGCAGAUACCUGGAGGGCAGCAAUUUCAUCGCGGGGGUCCUCGUCCAACCGAGCAACGAGAAGAUGAGCAUCUACCAGGCCAUGAGGAAGGGCAUCCUGCGGCCGGGCACGGCCCUGGUGCUGCUGGAGGCGCAGGCGGCCACCGGCUUCCUCAUCGACCCUGAGAAAAACAAGAAAUUCUCCGUGGACGAGGCGCUGAAGGCCGGCCUCGUCGGCGCCGAGCUUUACGACAAGCUGCUCUCCGCAGAAAGAGCUGUGACGGGCUACGUCGACCCCUACACGAAAGCGCCCAUGUCCCUCUUCGAAGCCAUGAAGCGAGGGCUGAUCGUGAAGAGCCACGGCGUGCGCCUGCUGGAGGCCCAGGUGGCCACGGGCGGCAUCAUCGACCCGGUGCGCAGCCACCGGCUGCCCGUGGAGGUGGCCUACCAGCGCGGCUACUUCGACGAGGAGAUGAACCGGGUCCUGUCGGACCCCGGCGAUGACACCAAGGGCUUCUUCGACCCCAACACGCACGAGAACCUCACCUACCUGCAGCUCCUGGACCGGUGCGUUCAGGAUUCCGAGACGGGGCUGUACAUGCUGCAGGUUGUGCAGGAAGGGGGAAAAUACUUCGGCGUCGACGAGCUGACAAGGCAGGUUCUGCAGUCGAAGCCCCUUCCGGUGAAAGUGGGAAGAUUCAAGGACCGAACGAGGUCCGUCUGGGAAAUCCUCUACUCCCAUUAUAUCCCCGAGCAGAAAAGGAAAGAACUGCUGAAGCGAUACAAGGGCAAGACUCUUAGCCUGGAAGACCUCAUGGCGCUCCUCCUCCGAAUAAUUGAGGACACGGAGCAGAAAGGAGAAGCCCUCAAGGUUCAAGGGCUGCGGGGCGAGGUGUCAGCGUCGGAACUGUUCCGCUCAGAGAUCAUUGACAGGAGGACUCUGGAUCAGCUGCAGGACGGGAGCCUGACGCUCGACGGCCUCACCGAGAAGGACGAGGUCCGGAGGUACCUGCACGGCACCGGCUGCGUCGCCGGCGUUCUGCUCCCGUCCAGGAAGGAGACGAUGAGCGUCUACCAGGCGCUGGAGAGGGGGCUGCUCUCCGAGCAGUGCGCGCUGGGGCUGCUGGAGGCCCAGGCCGCCACCGGCUUCCUCGUCGACCCGCUCACCAAGCAGAAGCUCCCCGUGGACGAAGCCGUCUCCACCGGGUUGGUGGGCAGCGAGCUGCACGAGAAGCUGCUGUCGGCCGAGCGCGCCGUCACGGGCUACACGGAUCCCCAGACGGGCGCCAAGAUUUCCCUCUUCCAGGCCAUGCAGAAGAAGGCAGCGGCCAAGGAGCACGGCGUGCGCCUGCUGGAGGCCCAGCUGGCCACGGGCGGCAUCGUCGACCCCGUGCACGGCCACCGCCUGCCCCUGGAGGUGGCCUACAAGCGCGGCCACCUGGACGGGGACACGUUCCUCCUGCUUUCGGAUCCCGACCACGGCAGCAAAGGGUUUAUCGACCCGAACGUCCGUGAGAAAAGCAGCUACGCUCAGCUCCUGAAGCGGUGCAGCAAGGACGCAGCCACGGGGCUGUACCUGCUGCCGCUCCUGGAGGAAGAGGAGGAGGACUAUUUCCACAUCGACGAGCCAACGAAACAAGCUCUGAUGGCCACCAAGGUGCAGGUGCCCGUCGGGAAAUACAAAGGGCGCGAAUUAUCGCUGUGGGAACUCCUCUGCUCCGAGUACGUCACCGAAGAGAAAAGAAAGGAGCUCGUGAAAAAAUACAAAGAGGAAUCGCACCGCAUCGUACAGAGAAUCGUCGACGUCAUCUUAGAUAUCAUCAGAGAGAAAGAGCAGAACAGAAGCGACGUCUGGUUCCAAGGCAUCAGGCAGCAAAUAACGGCGUCGGAACUGCUCAGCGCGCAGAUAAUCACAGAAGAAACCAUGGAAAAGCUCAAGGAAGGGAAAGAGACGGCGCAAGAAAUAGCG